CACUGAUAGGUGGCACUGACUGGCACUGAUGGGUGACAUUGAAAGGCAGCUCAGAUGGGCACUGAUAUGUGGCAUUGAUGUGCACUGGUAUGCACUGAUAUGUGGCAUUGAUGUGGCACUGAUGGGCACUGGCACGUGGCACUGAUGGGCACUGGCACGUGGCACUGAUGGGUACUGACAGGUGGCACUUCUGGGGCCACACUGAUCAUCAGGGCACACUGAUCAUCAGUGCCCUGAUGCGGCUCUCCUCUCCUCUCGAGCUGUCAAUAGAGAGAAAUGCCAAUAACCGGCAUUUCUGUGUUUACAUGUGAUCAGCUGUG